AUGUACGGAACCAAAGUGGGUUUGAAAGACCGCCAGCAGCUCUACAAGCUGAUCAUUAGCCAGCUGCUCUAUGACGGUUACAUCAGCAUUGCCAAUGGCCUCAUCAAUGAGAUCAAGCCCCAGUCGGUGUGCGCACCCUCGAAGCAGCUCCUGCACCUCAUCAAACUAAGGAUGGGAAAUGAUGACAUGUCGGUCCAGUAUGCGAUUGGUCGCUCUGAUACAGUUGCCCCUGGCACAGGGAUUGACCUGGAGUUUGAUGCAGAUGUCCAGACAAUGUCUCCUGAGGCUUCCAAGUAUGAAACCUGCUAUGUCACUUCCCACAAAGGCCCUGGUGCAGUGAUUUCGCUGUGCUUUCCACCAGCUUAG